UUGAAAGUACCAGAAGAUUGUUGGACAUCAUGGCUGUUAGAGCUCAGUUUGAAAACAGCAAUGAGGUUGGCGUUUUUGCCACACUGACGAAUAGUUACUGCCUGGUUGCUGUUGGUGGCUCAGAGAAUUUUUAUAGUGUCUUUGAAGGGGAGCUUGUAGAUACCAUCCCAGUUAUUCACACAUCAGUUGCAAAUUGUAAUAUAAUUGGCAGAAUGUCAGCUGGAAACAGACAUGGUCUCAUUCUUCCAAACACGACAACUGAUCAGGAACUUCAGCACAUAAGAAAUUCCCUUCCAGAAAGUGUACAGGUCCAAAGAGUGGAAGAAAGGCUGUCAGCUCUUGGAAAUGUUGUAGUUUGUAAUGACUAUGUGGCUUUAGUACAUCCGGAUAUUGACAAGGAAACAGAAGAAAUUUUGGCCGACACACUGAAAGUAGAAGUAUUCCGACAGACGAUAGCUGGUAACGUUUUGGUCGGGUCGUACUGCAAAAUAACGAAUCAAGGAGGACUGGUGCACCCGAAAACAUCAAUCGAGGACCAAGAUGAGCUCUCCUCACUACUUCAAGUUCCAUUAGUGGCUGGAACAGUCAAUCGAGGGAGCGAUGUAAUUGGUGCUGGCAUGGUAGUAAAUGAUUGGUCCGCAUUUUGUGGUCUUGACACUACAAGUACAGAGCUGUCAGUAAUAGAAAGCAUAUUCAAACUUGGAGAUAACCAACCCUCGGCCAUUGGCACCUCGAUGAGAGCUUCCCUAAUAGACAGUAUGACCUGAAUUUAUGGAUAUUGCAUCUGCCAAACAGCACGACAAAUUAGGAAAUGGUUUGUUAAAACGGGACGUUUAUAUUAAAUGUAAUACUGGUACUAAAUUGAUCUACUUAAUUACCAGUCGGUAACCAGGCUAUUAAUCAAAAUUCCGGCAGGUGUAAAGCUUUUUGAAAACUGGCUGCAUAGUCGAUUGAGCCAACAGACUAUAGUUUCCCGUGGAAGCCUCACCAUAGCCGUUUUUCAUCUGCAAAGCAAUGAGCUGUUGUCUUAGUUAGGUCGUUUGAAUCAAACACUUCUACAUUCUGGUAUUAACUUUUGUUAUUUUGGUCGAUAAGGACUAUCAUUGGUUGUUUUUGCUCGCACAGUCCUUUUCAUAACGGAAAGUUUUCCCUCCCUUGAUCAGCAACAAUUGAAAAUAAACCCUCCAGUAAGUCAAUAUCAAUGUUAACGGAUAUUGUGAUGGCCUAGAAUGAAAAAGGUCCUGUUACCCUGUGCUUAGCGAGGCACCGUAGACAGGAAUAUGCAGCUUUGUAUUCGACGCUGUUUGCGCGCAUAUCUGGGCAUACACAAUUUGCCAAAAUUUAGCUGUUUUGUAUGUUUUUCUGGCUGGCCGAAUCGGGCCUAAACCUUUAAGUAUAUGGCCGCCAACCAUUCCAACCAUCUGGCAACCCUGAUCUGGGUACAGUUUAAAGACUUCCUAUUUGCCCUCGAACCAUUUGGUAUGACAGACCAGUCUUUUCUUUUUAUUUCUGCUUGUGAUAUUUUUUCCUCUGUACUCAUUAGAGGGGAAAACACACUGUCCACAAGGAUCGUGUGACAAUUUUAAGAAAUAUGUAAUCAAAUGUAGCUUUUAAUUCAACUGUUACCGCUUCGAAAAGAGUUUUAUAAAACAAAAUCUUCUUGCUGCGUUUCUUUGUCAUAAUCAUAAGGUUAGAAAACGUAUAGCAAUUGUCUCCAGUACUUCAUUGCAUUGAUCAAUUGUAGCGGAACCGUGUGCAGAUUACAUUAUCUCUUAUUAUAUAUCACUAUUAAAUUCAAACCGUAUUUUUCCGUCUGACUGUGUAUGUAGAUUGUGAAAGUGUAUUGUCAAUACCUUAUUAUUUCUUCAUGCAACUCGAUCAGAAGAAGCGAAGAAGUUCAGCCCAUAGAAAGUAGACCUUUAAAUGAGUAGUAAUUCUUCCUUCUAGUGUCACCAGUAACAUUUUGAUUGUAGCUACCAUUUUGAAAUUUUAGUCUAUUUUGUGCGUGAAAUAGAAUGAUGGGAUGCUUUUUAAUUCU